AUGGCAUCUUUUGCACGCAUUCCGCGGUUUUCCUCCAUUGUACGACAUGCUCCUUUUCGCCACUUACACUCUUCUCCCUUAAGGGCGGCCAUUGCGCAUCCUAUUACAUCACAUGGUCCUCCGCCGAAAGUCCCGGUACCGCCAAAGGAUGCAGCUGUUUCAGAAGAUCAAUCGCCCUCGAAACUUACGAAGCCUACUGUGCUGAAAAAGAGAUUCUGGAAAGAUGUCCAUGUUCAUGGAACUUCAAGUGAAUACCAGGUGCUACUUGACAAGCGACCGGUACGAACACCGUCCAAGGAAAUUCUCUCCAUCCCUGCCACCAAACCUCACCUGGCCCAUGCAAUCGCUCUCGAAUGGGACGUCAUGACAUCCGCCCAACAAGCCCUGAAGAGCCACCUUAUUCCAUUGACUUCCACCGCAGCACGCGCCACCGACAUCGCCCGUGAAGAUGCCGAGGGUGUGGACGCCGCCCGCGGGCAGAUCAUCAAGACCGCCAUGCGGUAUCUUGAAACUGAUACUCUGCUUUGCUGGGAACCAGAGCGCGAGGCCUUCAACAGCAAGGGGGAGAAGGUUGAUAGUCUACGUGAUAUUCAAGUUCGGACUGCGAAUGAUAUUAUGGGCUUCUUGUCUACAAAGGUAUGGCCCGGUCUCGAGAUCAAGCCCAUCCUUGACUCGCAGAGCAUUCUUCCCGUUGCCCAGCCGCAGACCACCCAAGAUAGCAUUCGCAAUUGGGUCUCCGAAUUGAAUCCUCACGACCUUGCUGGCCUCGAGCGUGGUAUCCUGGCUUCGAAAAGUCUUCUUAUUGCCGUCCGUUUGCUGGUGGAGUGGAGUGAGAAUUUCCGCCACCUGCAGCGGCCCGGGGCUAAGAGUUUUGGCUUGGAAGAAGCGACUGAGGCUUCAAACUUGGAAGUGAAGUGGCAGACUGAUAUGUGGGGAGAGGUUGAGGAUACUCAUGAUGUCAACAAGGAGGAUUUGAGGCGUCAACUAGGUAGUGUUGUUAUUUUGAGCGACGACAACGAUAACGAAGACGACAACAGUCUCCGCCCUUCGCAUGCCUCUCCCUCUAUCUCCCACCGCAGCUUCGGCAGCCUCAGUCGCAGGAAACCUCCUCCGGACUUGAACUCUGUUCCCGAGCCGGCCCUAGAACAAAUUCCAACCAACCAGAGCUUCAACGACGAGUUGGAGCGAGUGCCAUCGAUGAUCCAAACAGAGGGCGGCAGCUUGUCCCUCGACCAGUCUGUCCGGACUUUCCGCUUGUUCGGAAUCCUUCGCAGCGGUGAUACAACGGCAAUUUCGAAGGCAAUCAAAGAAACUAAGGAUGACGUGGGGAACAGCUUUUAUGGAACUUCUAUCUUGCAUCUGGCCUUGCAGUGUGCCGAGCCCCAGGUAGUGGAGUUCGUACUGUCCUCUGGAGACGAUGCACAAUUAAACUCGCAGGAUCGUGAGGGCAAUACCCCGCUGCAUCUGGCAGCCCAGCUUGGACGAGUCACGCUGAUCCGUGAAAUGCUGAACCGCCCCUCGGUCAACGAUUCCAUUGUGAACUACCGCGGUCAAACGGCCCUCGAUGUCGCGCGCACUCCCGAGGUCUUCCAGCAGCUUCAGCUAGCGCGGUCGAUCUUCAUCGAUACCAAAACCCAGGAGAUCAAGACGUUGAUUGCCCGGAGAGAAUAUGAUGAGCUGGAAAAGUUACUGGAGGAACCGCGCGUCGAGGGUAUCCUAGAUGUGAACAGCCAGGAGCUGGUCGCUGAUCCAGUAACAGUACAGUCUGGCGGAACUUUACUACACGAGGGGGCACGCAAUAGAGAUGGGCGGUUGAUUCAGAUUCUUUUGACCCAUGGCGCGGAUCCUUUCCGUCGCGAUAGAAAGGGGAAACUGCCUCAGGAUACUACCAAAGAUGAUAGGACCCGAGCACUUCUGAAAAAAUCCCCAGCCGCUGCUAUUGCCCAGCAGGGUAUCCAGGAGAAAGCUAUUCUUGGAAAUAACGCCGCGCAAGGCCUGGCUGGCCGUGCUCCCAUCAGCGAGACUCCUCUGGCUGGUAAAGAUUCGCGUGAACUACGUGGUUAUCUUAAAAAAUGGACCAACUACACAACAGGUUUUAAGUUGCGGUGGUUCGUGCUGGAAGAUGGCGUUUUGAGCUACUAUAAGCACCAAGAUGAUGCGGGCUCCGCUUGCCGUGGUGCAAUCAACAUGAAGAUUGCUAGACUUAAUAUGGAUGCACAGGAUAAGACCAGGUUUGAGAUUCAUGGCAAGUCUUCGGUCAAGUAUCACUUGAAGGCAAAUCACGUCGUGGAAGCUAAGCGCUGGUUUUGGUCUCUGAAUAAUGCCAUUCAAUGGGCCAAGGAUGAAGCAAAAGAAGAGGAGCGACAGCGAUCGAAGAAUGCAGAGGCCCUUCGCCAGGCCAAGAUGGACCAGACCACUGGAGAGGCACCCUCUGAAUCUGGUCUCAGCCUCAAACCCGGUAGCUCCAAAGGUCUCGCCCCCGCUUCUCUAAGUGUGCCUGGGAGCGGUAUUACUAGGCUCAGUUCGCGUACAUCUCGCACUACGCUGGAAACCACGCUCGGUGAAGAAAGCUCGGCUGUUGAUUCACUCGACCAGAGUCCUGCUGCGAACGAGCAUGUGAGACGAGUCAGUCGAGCGAGCAGUCACAUCACCGGACCAGAUAUGGACGGUGAUGAUGAUGAGUACAACGACUUUGGUUCAAGCGUCGAGAUGCCCACCAAUGAUAAGGAUGCGCUAAGCAUCACCGCUCAGUCUGCAAAACUUCAACUCGAUCUCCUUGCAAGUAUUUCUGCUUCGCUACAGUCGCAGAAAUCCAACAAUACAGAUAUCACACUCGCAGAUCCGACAGUGGAGCAAGCCCUCGGUGCUUAUGAUUGUGCUGUCGGCAGUCUCAGAGGAUUGGUACAGAAUCUUAUCAAGAUCUCACGAGACCGUGAUACUUACUGGCAGCAUCGGUUGAACCGAGAAGAGCAAAUGCGUCAGAUGUGGGAAGAGAGCAUGGCCCGCGUCGCUCAAGAACAUGAGGAACUUCAGGGCAAGAUGGGUGAAUCUGAGGAGAAGCGGAAGCGAACCAAGCGCGCUCUAAGGGAAGCGCUGGAGAGCGUAAACGCUAGCAACCGCUCUAUUCCUGGACCUCCUUCUCGUGUCCCAACGGCGACAAAUAUCGCGGAAACAAGCUCGGCUGAGGUUGAAGCCGAGGAGGAGCCUUUGGCGAAUACGGAUCUCCCUAACGAGCUCACGGCCAAGCCUGCUCUCAGUCGUAAUCCCUCUAUCCUUUCUCGCAACCUGUAUGACUCUGAGUCUGACGGAGAUGAAUUCUUCGAUGCUAUAGAUGCUGGGGAGAUCGAAGUGGAGGAUUUCAGCCAAGCGAACGAGACUAAAGCAGUCGAGGAGCCAGAGGAUGAAAGCUCCCAGGCACGAGCCGAUAAGCUCGCCUUAAUCAAGCCCUCUUUCAAGGGAUAUGAAGAACCUGUGCGAGAAAGACUGAAGAUGGAUGCCGACGACCGGCCCAAGAUAUCUCUGUGGGGUAUCUUGAAAUCCAUGAUUGGCAAAGACAUGACAAAGAUGACUUUGCCCGUCUCUUUCAACGAGCCUACCUCCUUGCUGCAGCGUGUGGCUGAAGAUUUGGAGUAUACUGACCUACUUGAUAUCGCUGCCGACCGUGCAGAUUCGAUGGAGCGUCUGGUCUACGUUGCCUCAUACGCUGCAAGUGAAUAUGCUUCGACUAUUGGCCGUGUGGCCAAACCAUUCAACCCUCUUCUUGGUGAGACCUUUGAGUACGUACGGCCUGACAAAGGCUAUCGAUUCUUCGUCGAGCAGGUCAGCCACCAUCCUCCAAUUGGUGCUGCAUGGGCAGAGUCGCCUAAAUGGGAUUACUGGGGCGAAUCAUCCCUCAAAUCUAAGUUCUAUGGCAAAUCCUUUGACAUCAACCUUCUGGGAACCUGGUUUCUAAAGCUGCGUCCAUGCACUGGAGGCGAGGAGCUGUACACUUGGAAGAAAGUCACCUCUUCUGUCAUCGGAAUCAUCACCGGAAACCCAACCGUGGACAACUACGGCUUAAUGGAAAUUAAGAACUGGACCACCGGGGAAGUGUGUUAUCUCGAGUUCAAGCCUCGUGGAUGGAAAGCGUCGUCCGCCUACCAUGUCACUGGCAAAGUGGUUGAUGCCGAAGGUUCCCCCAAGUGGAGUAUGGGUGGUCGUUGGAACGACAAGAUCUACGCUCGUCACACCCCUGGUUUCGAAGCGCCAGUCUCAGGCCAAGACCCCGAGUCAGCGAAGACCUUCCUCGUAUGGCAAGCCAACGCCCGCCCCACAGGCAUACCCUUUAACCUGACCCCAUUCGUCAUUACCCUCAACGCCCUCCCCGAGGGCCUCAAGGACUGGCUGCCUCCCACUGACACCCGACUGCGUCCUGACCAGCGUGCCAUGGAAGACGGAGAAUACGACUUGGCUGCGGAUGAAAAGCACCGUGUAGAGGAGAAGCAGCGCGCUGUACGGAAGGAGCGCGAAGCAAACGGCGAGACCUAUCAGCCGCAAUUUUUUACCCGUGCCAGAUGCCCUAUCACCGGAGAGGAAUUCUGGUCUCAUAAUGGGAAAUACUGGGCGAGCAGAGAUGCUCAGGACUGGAGCAUCUCGCAGGAUAUUUUCUGA